AUGAAGUUUAAAAGAGAUAUUGAUGACAUUGAACUUGUGGAGUCAGAAUUCAAGCUCAAAGCACACAAAGGUUGGAUUGAGUACUCUCAGAGAUUGAUCGCGGAAACUUCAAGAAAGCUGGAGAAAUACAGCAAAGACGGAAAUAGAAAUGAAGAGCAUAAAGCCUAUCUGAUGAAGAAGCUCGAGGAAGGGAAGAAAUCUCUACAGCGGAAUAAGGAGUAUUAUAAGAAGGAAGAGAAGCGGUUGAUAAGACUCGACGUGCGUAGCUCAACGAAGACCGACAAGGUUACAAAAGGACUGAGAAAACGACGGCGGGAAGAUUCCAGUGACUCGGAAGAGGAUGUGAACAACAGAUGGAUUGAAUGCAGGUCGCUCGACAGCAAAUGGGCUUCAUCGGACAACUUCACCAGCAUUUCGCAAGUGUACAAUAAUGGUACAAUGCCAAAUCGUCGAAAGACCUACGAAGAGAGACGAAAGAUUGAUCGACACGAGUGGAAUGACAAAUCUUGGUGA